AUGACGAGACGCCUCAUUGAAAGACCAGCCAAGAUCUACUCGACCAGCUUAGGCGGCGUGAUUCGGCCGACAUACCCCUCAGACCUGUUCCAGGAUGAAGACCUUCACACCGAAAAGAAGACAACUUUCAUCAUCAUAAAAACAGGCCUGCUGAUUCCCGGCGAUGGCGAGCCUGUCGAAGAUUCCGCACUCGUCAUCAAGGACAAACUAAUCGACUGGGUCGGUCCACAGUCAGAGAUCCCCUCGAAAUACACCGACGCAACCCACAGAUCCUACACCGUCCCGUAUCUCAUGCCGGGCCUGUGGGAAUGUCACGCUCACUUCGUGAUGGGCAGUCCCGAGGACGCGGGCAACGGCGACCCGUAUCUUGGCUUCAUCACCGAACACCCCUCUGCAAUCGGCGCGCGUCUCACCCGCGGAUGCUGGCUAGCCUUACAGAGAGGAUACACGUCCAUGCGCGACGUCGCAGGAUUGGGAUGUGAAAUCAGCAAGGUGAUCGAGGAAGGCACCAUCGUUGGGCCGAACGUGUACAGCUCCGGAGCGUGUCUCAGUCAGACGGCAGGCCACGGCGACGUCUUUUCGUUGCCUGCGGGAGACGUCCUUCUAAACCUCGGCGUAUCGCAGAUCACCCCCGGUCACUUCGGCACGUCGGUGAGCAUGCUCGUUGACGGCGUCGAUGAAUGCCGAAGAGCAGUACGACUUCAGAUUCGUCGUGGGGCGAAAUGCAUCAAGAUCUUGGCUUCAGGGGGUGUCAUGUCUCGAGACGAUAACCCGCUGUACGCCCAGUUCAGCCCAGAAGAGCUUCAAUGCAUCGUCGAAGAAGCCAACCGACUAGGACGGUCCGUCGCGGCUCAUGUUCACGGCAAGCCUGGUAUCUUGGCAGCAGUUAAGGCAGGCGUGACGACGGUGGAGCACGUUUCGUUUGCCGAUCAGGAAUGCAUCGACCUCAUCAAGGAGAAAGGCACCAUUUACAUUGCCACGCGGUUCAUCAUGGACUUGAUCAUCGACAGCGGUGGUAAGGGCUUCCCGAAACAUGUAUGGGAGAAAGCAAAGGUCUGCGCCGAGAACCAUGGGGUAGCGUACAAGAUGGCCAUUGAGCAAGGCAUCCCGAUCGCGCUCGGCACAGAUACGGGGCCGGGAUUCAACAUGGCGGUAGAGCUUGAGGCCGCUGUCAAGGCAGGAAUGAGCAAUCUCGAAGCUAUCAAGGCAGCGACGGCGAACGGGCCGUUGAGCGUGGGAAGCCAGGCGCCCAAGACGGGACAACUCAAGGUCGGGUAUGAGGCGGAUGUCAUUGGCGUCUUGGAGAACCCUGUGGAGGAUGUGAAGGUUCUCCAGAAGAUUGACAACGUUGGCUGGGUGUGGAAAGGAGGUAAGAUCUUCAAAGGACCUGGGGUUGGACCUUGGGGGGAGGGAGAAUGGUGGGGUGAAGAGGCAUCAUCAUCAUCCAUUUAG